AUGACACAAAGGAGUGAGAGGGAUGACAAAGGGAGUGUCAGAUAUGUCACUCUUGGUUGUGCUCAUAGGGGAAAGGCUCGGAAUAAAACGACGAACAUGGGCAAACCACGGCCUACAGCUAAGACUGACUGUAAGGCAAGGAUUAAUGCCUUAAAAGUUGAUGAAAAGAUGAAGUUGACCACAGUUAAUAAUACACACAAUCACGGACUGAGCCCACAGAAAUCGCGCUUCUUCCGUUGUAAUCGUGAAGUAAGUGAGGCUGUAAAAAGAGUGCUAGAUACUAAUGACCUGGCUGGCAUCCGAAUGAACAAGAGCUUCGGGUCUCUUGUUGUUGGCGCGGGAGGGUUUGAGAACCUGCCAUUUUCGGAAAAAGAUUGUCGCAACUACAUAGAUAAGGCAAGACAUCUGCGACUUGGAUCAGGUGGUGCUGGAGCGCUACGAGACUAUUUCUCUCGGAUGCAGUACAAGAAUCCCGGAUUCUUUUACUUGAUGGAUUUAGAUGAUGAUGGGAGGUUAAGGAAUGUAUUCUGGGCAGAUCCACGCAGUAGGGCAGCAUAUCAAGAUUUUGGUGAUGUGGUAACAUUUGACACUACGUACUUGAUGAAUAGGUACGGGAUGCCCUUCGCACCAUUUGUUGGUGUAAAUCAUCAUGGACAGUCGAUUCUAUUGGGGGCAGGGUUAAUUUCCAGUGAGGACACAUACACUUUUAUUUGGUUAUUCCAGACUUGGCUGCAGUGUAUGGAUGGAUUAGCCUCGCCAGCUAUUAUUACUGACCAGGACAGAGCAAUGAAGAAUGCAAUCGCUGUUGUAUUUUCAAAAACUCGGCAUAGAUUUUGCUUGUGGCAUAUACUUAAGAAAGUCCCUGAGAAGCUAGGCUCUCAUCGUGCCUACAAAAGUGGCCUGAAAAAGAAUGGCUGGUUGCAAAGUUUGUACUCUGAGCGCACGUAUUGGGUACCGGUCUUCCUGAAGGAGUAUUUUUGGGCUGGCAUGAGUACCACACAACGGAGCGAGAGCAUGAAUGCAUUUUUCGACGGGUAUGUUCAUGCGAAGACAAACUUGAAGGAGUUCGUCGACCAAUAUGACAAUGCAUUGAGAAAGAAAAUCGAGAAUGAAAUCAGCGCGGACUUCCACUCCUUUAGCGUUACAAUUCCAUGCAUAUCUAGAUCUCCUAUAGAGAAGAGAUUCCAAGAGUUGUACACGAAUGCCAAAUUUAGAGAAGUUCAGCAACAAGUUAUGGGUGUGCUUGAUAUGGAUCCAUAUCUACUUAGACGGGAUGGUGUGAAGAAGACAUAUCUGGUAGAAGAUGAAGUUCGUGUUGAGGAGUUCUGUAAAAAUAUUACAUAUUAUGUGGACUUUAAUGAGGAAAACUGCGAAGUUAAGUGUUCGUGUGGGUUAUUUCAGAUGAGGGGGAUACUAUGUAGGCAUGUCUUGUCCAUAUUCAAAUGUAAUGGGAUAAAAUCUUUACCAACAAGGUACAUUUUAGAUCGAUGGAGGAGAGACAUCAAACGGAGAUACACUUUAAUCCACAGUACAUAUGACUCAGGGCAUCAGCGAGAAGAUACUAACAGAUAUUCAACUUUAUUGAAUAUUUGUUAUCAGAUGAUUACUCGUGCAGCGGGUUCAAAAGAGCAUAGUGAAGAUGCGACAAAAAAGUUAAAUGCAAUGAUUGAGUUAUAUGGCGACAACCAAGAACCCCCUUCAAUGACCAAAAUAGGGGAGGAGACAACCAUCGUUGGUAGUUCGAAGCAAGUUCUCAGUCCACAAGUUGUGCGAGGAAAAGGCAGACCCCCAUCCCUGAGGAGAGCAUCCAGGAUGGAGCAACACAUCCGGAAAGGAAAAGCGAAGACGAAGAAAGCAAAUUUAUUGGGCAAACGUAAAGAGAGAGAUGGAGGAUAUACGCCAGCCCAGGACACAUGUAGGAAUUUAUUUGGGCCAGCAGAGAUAGAUGGAAACAUGCAGACUAUUCGAGUCAGCUCAACCUUUGACAUUAGCGGAAAUCAAAAUAUGGCUGGGAGUCAAGAAAGUGUACUGUUUGGGUUGGAUGGAUCACAACCUGUACUAGAAGGAUUGGAUGGAUCAGAAGUGCAGAAAUGA